CUGCGAAGCGGUACAAAAAAUACGUACAUUUUCUAAAUGAAACAUGAAUGAUUUGUAAACAUGGAGGAUAAGUCAAGCGAGCAUCUACAUCUCAUUUAAUUAUGUAAUUCGUAAUAACAUCUUAUAAGUUGCUUUUCAGUUUAUUUCGCGAAUGUGGACCUCGAUUUGAGAAACCGACUUUUGUUUUGCCAUGAAGAUAAUAUACGCCGUAUUUUACUCUGGAGUCCCUUGACCAAUAUUGUAAAAAUGGGCACAGAGGUGCCUAAAACUCAAGAUUCAAGUGGAGAUUCUGUUUCAAAUAGUGAAUCUGAGACAAGUUCAAGUGACACCUCAGGCAGUGAUUGGGAGUGCACAAGCAACAAAGAACCAAACACUCGGAAACCACACUUCUCAGUCACAUCAAGUGAAACAGGCUUAAAACUGAAAAUUGCAGCUAUACCAAGAAAGGUAACACCAAAAAAAGCUAUUAAGCCCAACACAAGCAGUAAGAAGAAUGAAUCAAUAUCCAAAAAUCAAAACCAGAAAGAGAAGACGAAAAAAAAGUUAUCUGAGAGCAGUUCAAGUUCAGAAUCAUGCAGUAAAUGUUCAACGGAUUCUUCAAGUGAAGAUGACUUGCCAUUAAAGGCUGUAAAGAAGUCAAUACCUAAUAAAAAUUCAACACAAAAGAACUCUAAUAAAAAUACAAACAAAAGUGGUAGUGAUUGUAGUGACAGGGACAAAUCAUGUGUAAAGACAAAUGUGAAAAAGAAGUGUGAUGAUGAAUCAAACCAAGACAAUAAUUCUAAAAAGGGAUGCCAGAGAUCUAAGUUCGCAUCAUCAACGACUGAGAAUGUGGUAUGUGGCAGCAGUUCGUCAUCGACCACCUCGUCGUCAUCCUCGUCUUCAUCUUCAUCAUCAUCAUCUUCAUCGGACUCGGACACAGCGGAGGUCGCGGGCGGCCCCACUAAUAACCAGCCCGAUGACACGAACGUUGUUCUGGCCGCUGCGUGUCAAUUGCAGGUCAUAGACGACGCGGACCUUGCGGAACUAUUUCCAGAACAAACAUCGAGCGCGCCGGUGCAGCAGCCAAACUUCUCCACAUUCUCGGUUCACAACGCUUCGCCAGAUAACGAUGACAAAUCUAUCGCUGACAAUGGUGAUGGAUCCGGUAGUGAGAUGGAAUUAACGCCUCAAUUAGUGACCGCAGCAAUUCAGAGAGCUACGGCAGAAUCAUCUGGAUCUGAUAAUGAUUGUUCCAAUUCUGAUACGAUCAAUCAAAAUCCUUCUCAUUAUGCUUCUAGCUUGUUGCAACAGUUUGUUGCGCAGACUCAACUUCUCAGUAGUUCUGCGUCUAUAACAAGCAUCAAUAAUGCAACAGCAUUGGCACCACUUAGUGGGAGCCAAAUAGAAAAUGUUGCCUCCAUCAGCGACUGUGUGCUUGGACAAAUAAAUAGUCUCCCAGAUAUUACUACAACAUUUUUAAGUAGUAAUCAGCAUUUAAGCCCUCAACAGUCUGAAGAGUUAAGGCAAAUUAAUAAAGACCUUGAAGAAAUUAGUUCUGUGGCUGAAUCUGUGGAUAUAUCUCUUCAUAAUCCGCCUAGCUUAGAAGAUGACAUUAUGAGCAUGGAAAUAACAGCUGGAGGUUCAGAACUAGUUAACCCGAAUGAUCUAUUAAAACAUUCUCCAUUAAACGAUGUUAGUUCUGAUAGUAAUGCCUUGAAUCAAGUAGAUCCUAAUAAACUCGAUGCAAUAAGUAUGAAUUCAGUUGAAUCUCAAGAUGAUGCCGGAAAUUCUGUUGUGGAAUCUAGAAGAAAACGUGGCAGGCCAAGAAAGGUUAGAAAAUUAGUAGAAUACGCCAAUCAAGGUUGUGAAUCUCGGAUGCAGGACAAAUCGGCUGUUAAUGUGAUAAAUGAGUUCAAUUCAAAUGAUCCGCCUAAUGUAUCUCCAGACUCAGGAAUUUUAUCUAAUCAUAAUUCGCCAACUCACUCGCCCUUACGAAGGCAUGACAUCGAUGAUGUCAAUAGUAGACACGGAAGAAAAUCUAUUCUAAAGGAAAAUAAUACAAAGACUAGAAAAAAUGCACGGUCUAAAUCUAUGACACGGUCAAGAACUCAUAAUAAAUCAGAUUCUAGUGACUGUGAUUUUAGAAAAAAGAAAAUAGAAAAUGAAAUCAAACAAAUAAAAACUGAAGCACCGUCGCCAGUUCCACUAAAACAGGAACAAAAUAAAUUUGAAAAAACUAAGAGAAACGAUCGUAAGCUCGAUAUUGCUGCUUUAGACAGAAUGCUGUAUGCAACGGAUCGAGUAUUAUACCCACCUCGUAAAAAAGUAGGAAGAAAACCGCAAUCGAAACCAAAAACUACAAAACCGACUGCUAAAGCAUUAAAAGAUAAGAACCAGUAUAAUUCACCUGACAGUGAUAAUGACUCUAUUUCUCCCAAUAGAUCUGUAUUGUCUGGUGUAUACGCAAAAAGAAAAGAACUGAAUAGCAAACUUGCUAAUUUACCAAGGAAAAAUAACAAAGUCAUUAAUAAUUCUUGGAGGGAUAAUCAAAGUGAAAACGAAGCAGCAGAUGAUCUAAUAGAUCCAACUUGGAAGCAAAUAGAUUUGCAUCCAAGAUUUAAGGAUAUUCUGUCAGGUUAUAAGAGCGAUUACGAAUUUAAACCCUAUAAAAGUUGUAGUAAAGUUAUAGAGUCUGGAUAUAGAAGCGAUUAUGGAUGCAGAUCUGGGUAUAAAAGUGACCAUUAUCGCUCCGGAUAUAAAACAGAUUUUAAAUCAGGAUACAAAACAGAUAAAUCAGGUUAUAAGACUGACUAUAGUGUAAGAAGUUCACGAAGGCCAAUGAAAAAAUUGAAGAAAUCUAGGUCAGUUCGAAAUAGAUCCUAUUAUAAAAAUCAAAAACAUUUUGUUUCUGACCAAGACAUCAUAUUACUAACUAACAAAACAUUUAGUAGUUUGACGCUUGGACAUAGUUCAAGUGAUUCUGAACGGGAACCUUUUUUACGAAAACCAAGUGCCAGCCCUAAAUAUGUUAGUGUUUGUACGAAAUACCCUAUGCCAUCUAAAUAUGAUUAUAGUUACAAAAAAAUGAGUCGUAAAAGUAUCUUAAGACCAAAUUCAACAGAUCCGUUUGCACCUGGACCAGUUUUCAGUGGCUUACAAAGGCCAAUUACGACUUAUAAUAUAUUUAAAGUCAGUCAUAAUAAUAAUAACUCCCUAUUAAAAUCUCCAUCUAAAGUCAAUUAUACCAAUGGUCGCCUACCUUCGCUUAAGCCCACUUUCACGCAGAAAUUUGGAGUUUCGCCUAUCACCUCCGUUAAACUAUCAAAGAAAGAUCCCGAUUCGAAACAUCCUUCAAGAAAUCUUUCUCCCAAAAAUAGAAAACUAUUAAAAAGUAGUACAACAGCACAGCGUUCUAAAAAAGAAAGUCCGAAGCAGUUGCCGAGUAUAUUUGAAAAAGCGAAAAAUUCUUAUAUACCAAAUAAAGAAUUAUCAAGAAAUGUUUUUCUCAACUUCAAAAAAUCAUUUAUUAAACCGACUUAUCAUAUUAAAAAACACAGGCCUGUCGUGCUCGCUCCGCCUAAAAUUAAUUUAAAACCAAUAGAAAGGCCAUCACGUAUAACAAUAAAAACUGAAAAUAAACAUCAUAAGCAUAGAAGUAGAAGAAGGCAUAGAUCAAGGUCAGUUUCUAGAUGCCGCGAUUCAUAUAAUAAUCGUAGCAUGGCAGAAACGCUGGAUCAGAAGUUUAAUAAUGAUAUGGAUAAUCUCAUAACAAGUUUUAUUAAACUGUGUCAAAUAGCCCCUAAAUUUAUCAGUUCUGUGUCAUCUAGCCCUAGAAGUACAGAAAAAGAAAAAAUAUUACCUGAAACUGUGGCAACAGCUAAGGUUGUAAAGCGAGCUUCUAAAAAGCGAAAAACUUCUGAUAAUCCAGAGAUUGCCACCCCGACUUCUAAACGAAGACACAAAAAGCAGUUGAUGGAAUCUCACAAUAAAGGUGGCAAGGAGACUAACGAACAUAAGUUACCUCUUAAAAAGAGACAUUACCACAUAAACUCAUCCACAACUUAUUCUUUAAGUCUAAGUUUAGUAACAACAGAAUUCGAAGAACAUUCAAAAAGCGGUACAAGCCCAGAAAAGUUUUUAUGUACCGAAACAGACUGUCUCGUGGAUAUUACCGAUUCUCAAGAAUCCUCUGAAUCAAAAAAUAUAAAUGAAAAAAUAAAAAAGAUUCACGAAAUUUCUAAAAAUGUAUUGUCGCCUAAUGAUAGUGAUUCUAAAAGUUCUACUUCAUUUAUCAAAGAAGUAAACGAAAGUCUAGAAAAUUCUCCAAAAAAAGAAGAUGACAAUUAUCAUUCAUCUACAACUGAUGGAAGCCCAAGUAUUCUAGAUGUUGCAGAUGUUGAAAUGCUGAUUCAAAAACCUUCAUCGGACCAAUCGGAAUUCUCUAAGAAAAUAUAUGAAACGUCCGAAAAACUUAAAGCGGUUCAUAAAAUGGUUCACGAAUUGGAAAAAUCGUUACCAAAGUCCAAAGAGGACGAAACAAAUAAUACAAAAUUAGAAGCUCAUAGAGUCUCUUCUCCCAGAUCGGAAAAUAAACCAUUACCGGUACGGAAUACAAUAGUCACACCUAAAAAAAGACAUAGACUGGAAGCUGAAAAGGUUUUACCAAAUUCGAAUUUAGACCAAGUAGCACAGUCACUCUCAAAAAAAAUAUUGGAUGAAAAAGGUUCUCAAGCAAACAGUAUCAAUGAUAAAAAUUUAGAUUCAUUGAGUCUUGAUAAAAAAGAAGUCGACAAAACAAAUAUACCAGCGCCCAAUACUUCAGAAAGUGGUGCAUCUGUAGACCCUUUGAAAAGCAUGUCUGCUCGUUCUCUUUACAAAAGUGCUAUUCUUCCACAACAAAAAUCUGAAAUAAUGACACGAAAGAAAAAUAGACUUGAAGGUCUUACAAGCAACUUGGUUUCAAAGAUAAGUCCUAGCGCGGCUACAAAAGUACUAGACACACUUUUAAAUAAUAAUAUUCGAAAAUCAAUAGAGUCUCGCAUACUUGAAAAGGAAAAGACUAACAUAAGCGAAAGUACAGUAAAAUCAAUUGAUGAUAAAGGUAAAGGGAAAGAUUCAUGCCCGAUCAAUACUAGGGCUAGUGUAAUUAAAUCUCCUGUCUCAAAGUGCAAAUUGUUGGAAACGAAAAAAGCUAAAACACCGGAUAGAGCGGUUCCUACCAUUAUUGUGAAUGAAGAUAAACCUACCGGUAUCUUUGAGCCUUCCGUUGAUCUAGAAGAUCAAAUACCAAAGUCUUCUAUAAGCGUAAGUAAUAUUUUAGUAGACGCACAGAGAACUAAAAAUAAACUGAAGACAAGUGACAAGAAUGCGAAUUCCUUGUUGGUUCAUAUUGACACUGAAUCUGAAAUUCCCCUAGCUUUAAUUUCGGAAACACCUGAUCCAAUUAUUAGACCUAAAAGGGGAGAAUCAAUAGCAGCAGUUAUUUCUGAUAAAAUUCAAGAAACUAACACAGGACACAAUCUUCGACAACCUAAAAGAAAUUUGACCAGUGAUAGUGACGACACUAAUGAUAAAAAAAAGAAGAAAACUAGUAACAGUAUUAUUAGGGAAAGUAAAUUAGUUUUGCCACAAAAAAUAUUAAUGCCUAAAGUGCAAGCGGAAAGACUUCAUAUAACAGAGGUGGAGAAGAAAUCAAAUUCUCAAGCCACAAAUGUUGUUGAAUCGGUGUCCAAUGAUGCUAAAUCUAUGGAUUCUUUAAAAAAGAAGACAAGGCGACGUAAAGCAUUCAACCGUACAGGUUUCCCCAGUGUUAAGAAGAAGAAGAAAAAGAUAGAACCAGUUGCCAUUUGUGGUAACGUUCAUGUAGCAUCGGAAGAAACAGAUAGCUCAGCUUUUGAUAGAGUCCCUAAAUCAGGCGAAGCUAUGAGCACAUUCCUGGAACGUACGGGUAAUAAACAACCCGAAUUGAAAGUUGUAUUGAGUAAAGAUGAUUGUCCUAAACAGGGGCGAUUAACAGUCGUAGCAAUUGAAAAGUUACAAGGAAAGGUAACUAAUGAAAAUAAAAAACAAGAAGAGAAAGGAUCACAAAAUAAGAAAACAAAUACAUCAAUAUUGAGGGCACCAUCCCUGCAACUGAAACAAAGUAAAGCCGACAAAGAUAUUAAAAGUCAUAUAAAUAAAUGGGAAGUGCUCAGUGAGACUGAUAGUAUACCCUCUUUAGCUAGCUCUUCUGGUAAUGAUCCCGAAGAUAGUAUACCUUUGAGUCUUUUAAAUGCCAAACAAAAAGAUCCAGGAACAAAUAAACGAAAAUCUAGAGCUUUAUCACCGUCAAAUGAGAUUGAGGAAAUAAUGUCCAAACGGAAAAUUAUUGAAAACAAUACUAAAGUUUGCUUGAGGCCAAAAUCAAGUUUAGCAGUUUUAUAUCCACGCGAGAGGAGACAAACGCGAAGUUUUGAUACAAUCGAAGAUAGCAAAAUAAAAACGAGGAAGUCAGAAAAUAAAAAGAAUGUUGAAGGUGCUAUUGAAAAAGUGUUGAGCCCAAUGAGUAUAAUGACUAGAAGAAAAUCCAGAUGUCAGCUUGGUAAUAAGACGACAAAUGAUAUUCAUUCAAGUUCAAGAGAAAGUUCUUUGGAUACUAUUGUUAGUCGGAAGGUAGUAAGCAAGUCUCGGGAGACUUCUGUGGACACACUUCAGGAUCAAGAUGAAAAUGAACCUCUUCCUCUUAAUGAAAAGGAAAUUGACUUUGAAAAGAGUAUAGAUGUUAUUUCUAAAAAUGUUAUUUGCAAGAAAAGAGCUGUAGCAUCUCGAGAUGAUAGUCCAUCAAACAGUAUUGACAGAGAAAAAGCAGUGUCCAAGAAAAAUCCACGACUUAGAAAGAAGUUCUUAGUAGCUGGUCUCUUUUCUGACUACUACAAGGAAGAUCCAAAACCUGAAGGGAAAGGAAAGAAUAUUGUUACGCAAACUGAAUUUCCCCCGGGGCUGUUAACCCCACCACCGUAUUGCGAACGUUGGGUUAGGAAAAGACUGAUACAUUUCACAUUGCCUUAUGACAUCUGGUGGGAACAGCACUACAAUCAGCCAGUGCCUUCAUGGAAUUAUAAGAAAAUUAAAACAAAUGUGUACUAUGACGUCAAGCCGUCGGCGGACGAGUGUGAGAGCGUGGCGUGUAACUGCGCAGCCCCCACUGGCUGCAACGAAGACUGUAUCAACCGCCUUGUGUACUCUGAGUGCUCGCCUGAACUCUGCCCGUGCGGGGAUAAGUGUAAAAACCAGAGAAUACAACGUCACGAGUGGGCGUCUGCCUUAGAGAAGUUUAUGACCGAGAAUAAGGGAUGGGGUGUCCGGACCAAGCACAAGAUUACCUCCGGAGACUUUAUACUGGAGUAUGUCGGGGAGGUGGUCUCCGAUAAGGAAUUUAAGGAGAGAAUGGCGACCCGUUACGCUCGCGACACUCACCACUAUUGUUUGCAUCUUGACGGUGGACUCGUAAUCGACGGACACCGCAUGGGCGGGGACGGCCGCUUCGUAAACCACUCGUGCCGCCCCAACUGCGAGAUGCAGAAGUGGACCGCCAAUGGUACAUUCAGAAUGGCGCUGUUCGCGCUACGGGACAUAGAGCCAGGCGAAGAGCUCACAUAUGACUACAAUUUCUCACUGUUCAAUCCAGCUGUGGGACAGCCCUGCAAAUGUGAUUCGGAAGACUGCCGCGGUGUAAUUGGCGGUAAAUCUCAACGCAUCACACGAAUGCCACAGAAGACCCAGUCUCGCACUCCAUCCAACGCGUCCAACCAGUCCAGCAGCUCUGCUGGGCAACAGCCGCGGGUGGGGAGACCCCGCAAGGCGGUCAAGUGCAACAAGAAGACGGAAAAUCUGAACGAGGAACGGGAGGUUAAAAAUAUGACGAUUCUGAAGUACCAGCAGCAUUUGAACAAGCUGUGGCAAGACCCCAGUCUGCAAGAGCCUCAGUUCAAGCCGCUUACAGUUAAGGAGAGGGCUCUCGUUAAGGAGAGGCAUUGCUUCUUGUUUAGGAACUUGGAAAAUGUCCGUCGAAUUCGAGAGCGUAUCACCUUGGCAAUACCUCCAUCACCUUCGGAAGAACCCGCCGUUCCGUCACCUCAAACACCCGAAUCAGUGACGGUUGACCCCUUGGCGCUACCCGAUACAAUGAACCCGCAAGUAUUCCUCGACAAGCUGCAGACUCUACGUGCUUCCAAAGAGGAGGUGAUGAAGUUGUCCACCUUCGAAGAUGACCCCAGUUUAGAGACGAAGGCGAGGAUGUCGCGGGUGUUCAAGGCGCUAUAUUUAAUUGUGACCUCGUUCAAAGGCGAAGAAGAUAAACCGUUGUGCACACCAAUACUGAAGCUUAAGAACCACAAAUCGGAUUCGGGUACGGCUGAUCUGAGUAAAAUACAACAAAAGAUCGAUGCUGGCGAAUACGAGAGCGUGGCUCAGUUCGAUAGCGACAUGAGUGGCUUGCUGUCUGCGCUGAUCCGAGAACACACCAAGAUGACAGCUGUGGGAAUGGCCGCCACGCAAUUGAAAAAGGUUUACAACACGGCCAAAUUGGAAUUCGCGGACCAUUUGACGAAAAUUCUAGGAUCACAGGAAUCUCUGCCAUCUAGUUUUAUACAAAAAUCUAAACCAGAGGAAAUAAUUCUGUGUAUCUGCGGCUUACACGUAGAAGAAGGUCUGAUGGUGCAAUGUGGUAACCCCAAGUGUGGUGUGUGGCAACACGCGCGCUGUAUGAGGCUCGCUGAUACCAACUCUACCCAUUACUGCCAUCUCUGUUCUACUGAACCAGUGGACCGCGAGAUCCCUCUCGACGAGUACACGGAGGAGGGUCACCAGUUCUACCUGUCCCUGAUGCGCGGCGGACUGCAGGUGCGGCAGGGCGACACCGUGUACGUGCUGCGCGACAUACCCAUCGACCCGCGCCGCCCCGACGUGAGCAGCGGGCUCGGAGGACACCCAGCGACCGACUCGCCCAACACCAGGCGGCAGGACCGGAAGAAGCUGAAGAACAUCAAGGGGAAGGACAAGGAGGAGGCGCCGUCCAAUAAGAGGGAGGAGAGCUCUGUCCGCAAGCACACGUACCAGACCAUCGGCGCCGUGCCCGUGUCGGAGCUGGACAUCUUCCGCGUGGAGCGACUGUGGCGCCACAAGGACACGCGCGAGCGAUACGUGUACGGCCACCACUACCUGCGACCGCACGAGACCUUCCACGAGCCCACCAGGAAAUUCUUCCACAACGAAGUGAUGCGUGUACCUCUAUAUGAAGCCGUGCCUAUUGAACUUGUCAUGUCACAGUGUUGGGUUAUGGAUCUCAACACUUUCUGCAAGGGUCGGCCAGUGGGUGCGUCAGAGGCCCAUGUGUACAUCUGCGAGCUCCGUGUGGACCGAACAGCGCACUUGUUUACCAAGAUAUCGCGCCCCAAGUAUCCCAUCUGUUGCAAGCCUUACGCUUUCCAGCACUUCCCACAGCGGCUCAAGGUCUCUCGGACUUAUGCUCCACACGAAGUAUCACCAGAAUAUCUAAAAGGUCGAGCAGGUAAAAACUUUUUAGCGCCACCAGAAAAACCCAAGACUCCCCAGGAGAGUAAGAAGAAAAUAGCAGCAACUAAUGUCGCUGUCACAAUAAAUAAUACUAAGGUGCCGGCGAGCCAGCGGCGCGAGCAGCAGAAGGCGCGCGUCAACGAGAUAGGGCGGCGCCUGCUGCGAGCGGGAGCCGCGCGCGGCCGCCCCGCGCUCGACGCGUCCUACCUGCUGGCGGCCCGGCCCCGCCCCGCGCGCAGGGUGCGCGCCGCUCGCUCGUGACCGCGCGACCCGCACCGCUGUCUGGCCUGCAGCGACUGACGACACACACCCGGAGAUAAUACACUAUAUACUCUCUGAUCUGCCACUCAUAUUUUUAUUAUGUAAAACUCAGUGUACCCGGCCAAGAGAUGGCGCUGCGUUAUUUUUAUUACACCCGUAGCGUCCCGGGUACCGACUACAGUCGCUAGAUAGCGCUCAUUAUGUUUAUACUUUUUCUAUUGUUGUAAACCGUACUGAUUACGUAUUACGAUAUCGAUUAACAUCGUAGUUUGUUCUUUAUUUGAAAUUGUGGAAUCUUAAACGUGUUUAUCACCUCGAUUACCACAUGAUAGACAAGUCUUGUUUUAAUAAAUAACUUAAGUGCGUUUUUGCUAACACUAGCUCCAUCUAUCCAUUUAUCAUGUAUGCAAAAUAAUCGCAAUCGUGAUGAAUUUGCAGCGUACCUAAUAGAAUAGAUGGCAGCACUUUCAAUGCAAAUUCUUAUCAUGUGUCAAUGUAGGGAAGUUGCACCCCCCUGACCACACCUACCGCCUGUCUUAUAACUCACCCGCUCUUAGUAAGGCCGGCCCUCCACUGGAUGCGGACUCGGUCUGGCCGGACCAGACCAACAGCUAGACGAGAGCGGACAAACAAAGCAGAAUCCAGCGUCAGUACUUUGUGAACUCUCGACGAGGAAAGAUGUCGAUGUUUCGUCUGGAGUCUGGACUAGACGAAAAAUAAACCUGUUUAGUCGUUGUCAGACCAGUUCACACUUGUUCCCUCUCCUCGAGGCGAGUACUUUGUUUUGUUCAGUCCCGACCGGAGAAAUUCCGCUUCCAAUAUAGGACCGGCCUAAAAGGCGAACGCUCUCAGGAACACAGAUCUUAAAUUAAUCGGCAGUAGUGUUUGUACACUGACCAAUUUGUUGUUAUUGCAACCUGACUGUUGAGCAUUCAGACCGCUAAUAAAUCAUCAUACACAGCCGUAUUAAACAUGUAUACCAUGUCACAUUAUCUCUGUACUUCUGCGUAAAGAAAGAGAAUCACCACAAAAGUCAAAUUAUCACAUAACAUAUUUUUAAUUGUUUUUUUUUUUCGUUUAUUAAUUUAAUUGGUAACCGUUCCGCUUUCUGACCCGCACCUAGCACAGAUGAUGUAAUGAGUAGUUCCUGCCACAUAAAAGGAGCUCUAGCAAAGAAACCUACGCAAUCAACGCCUAUUUGCCAUGAAGCAGUAAUAAGUAAAGAUUAGUGUGUGAAGAUCCCCUGUGAAAUUACUGAUCAAAUGAGACUUAACAUCUUAUGUCUCAAGAUGACAACCGCAAUCAUUGUACCGCUCAGAAUAUUUGGGUUUUUCAAAAAUAUAAAGUGUGAGUGCAUUAAAAUAGGUAGGACGUAUCUGUUACUAUCAGCUGAACGUCCUGCUCGUCGUGUUAUUGUCAUAAAAAAGAUUUGUUGUGAAAUAUGGGGAGACGUGCCACUUGUCGCGGUAUUGGUCGUAAGGAAGUACGCCCGUACAAAACUUAACACACUGUCAUUACAAUGUCGUGGGUAUUAGUCACUUAGCUAAUUGCUCUUUUUAAGUGGCACAAACUUUACUCGUCGAGAGCUUGAUCGUUGCGGCAUAAUUGUUAUGUACAAAAAAAAAACGUAAUUUUGUCUGUAACGAUUUAUAUGCUGUUUUAAAUGAUAAUACAUACAUACAAUAAAACUCGAACGAAACAAUACAGUAUCACUCUAAAGUACGCUUAUGAAGCAUAAUAUAGUGUGUUCUGAUACCCAGCAACGUGAACUGAGGCCUUACAUUGUCAGUAUCAAUGAAGGAUUUUGGAUGUUACAAUUAAUUUAAAGAACAAUUAUAUAUAUAGAACGAAUGAGAUUAUGCAGUAUGCUAUGUUUUCAAAGACCUUAAACUGCAAGUUAACUCCGCCUUGUCUUCACAUCACAUUAUACAAUUCCUUUAAAAUGGUACCAUUGAUAUGCCAAAUAAAAUAAAUAUUCGAAAUAAAAAAUGGUCUACAAAUUUGUAUUAUAUAAAAUGUAAGCAAGAAAAUCUUUGGUAUCGAAUACUUUAGAAAGGGCUCGUCAUAUUAUAGUUAUGCAAUAAGAUUAUUAUAUCAUAUUAGGGCUAACGUCAUAGUUUAGUGACAGUGACUCGAUUAUUAUUGUCAAUGUUAAUUUAUGUAAAUAAAUCGCGUAAUCAUAUUUUUCAAUAUUGAAAUAAUCACUUAUUAGAUAGUUGUUAAUCAGGGAACUAUGCAUUUAUCACGAAUGAAAUUAGUAGUUUUGUGUUUGUUAGCAAACAAUAAAAUUUCAUUUAAAUGAAAGAGUGAAAGUACGUUGACAUUCCUUAAUAAAUUGAGAUUUAGUGACAAUAAAAGGGAUGGGCCUAAUAACGGUUGCAAAAGGGUAAGAACACACCAAGAAAAGGAAUCUCUUAUCAGUUUGUAAAAAUAAUAUUGCUAAGUAAGAUAUUUUGUAUCUUGGUCAGAUCAGAUAUUUUUGUAAUAUAAGAAAAAGUGUUAUAAACCCGACGAGUAUUUUGUCGUCACUUAUUUAAGUAUUUAUUAUUAUUUAAAUGGUUAAUAUUUAUACAUUAAAUUUAUUCAAGUAAGUGUAAUCUUAUUUUAGAUUAUUCAAUCUCGUAGUUAUAUGAUUUUUAUUGUGCUUUUAACUGUUUAUAACACAGCAAAAAAUAUUUCCAUAUAUCAUAAAUUAGUUAUAUAUAUAUUUUUAUAUAGGCUAAUAUUGUUGUAAUUAAAACUUCAAUGACUAGAUUAAUAUAGUAUAGAACGAACGACCAGUGGUGCGGAUUGAUGUUGAGUGUUGAAAGUUUUUAUAAUGGUUAGACAUUGUUGUAUGGCGGUUGUUAUGGUAAUGUUACAAUCAUAAUUAUGUAUUAAUUAUGAUUUAUUAUGUAUUAACAUUAAGUAUUUCUUGUAACAUUCAUUUUUCUCUGGUCACUUAGUAAAACCCUCAAUUUUGUUGGUUUAACUAUGCAUUGAAUUUUUAUUUGAUUGUACACUGAAAAUCUCUCUAUUUUUUCUAUUUUGUAUUCGAAUAGGUUGUAUAUAAUUUACUUAAGGUGGUUGGUUGAUAAAUUUUAAAAUUAUUAAUAUAUUUGGUUAAUAUUGUGUUUAUCGAUUUCAUUCAUGUUUGACGCAUUUGAAAAGGCCCAAAGAUAAAAUUUCUUCGUCAAUAUGCACACGUAAUAAUAAUUAUAUAACUUUAUAUACGACCAUACAAUAAAUGAAAUCGUGAGUCGGGUUGCGCGCCUUAUAAAGUGAUUAUCGUGAACAAAUUGUUUUUGUUUCUUAUUUAUUUGUAAAUUACUGUUAGGUUAUUCCAUGAUUAUGUCAUAAAAUGUCUCAGUAUGAAUGGACUUGUAGUUUUAAGAUCUCUUUGAUAUUGUUUUGCUUUUGCUAUUUACAUUAACUAAUUCUAAACUGGUAGCUUAAUAAUUGAUCAGAUAGUCAAACAGUAUAUAAAUAGUGCGAUAAAUGAACUCAGGAUAAUGUAGCAGUUACGUGUAGACACUGUUGUUAUAAGGUAAUAUUGCACUAACCACUGCCAAAGUAGUUAAGGUCAUAAUUUUGUAAGGUUGCUUUGAAAUCAUUUAAAAUACUGAACCUAUUGUAUAAGUGACAUUAUUAUACUAACGAAAAUAUAUAGCAUAUUAAUUAUCAUUAAUUAUUUAAUUUAAUCAGUCACUUUACAACUUGGGCAGUGGUUAAUCGGCUAAGUUUCGUGGCAUAAUUCUAAAUAGCACAAAUAAGCACUAAGUCGCCUUCUAGUAAGUUAGGUAUACACGAUCACGUUACAAUGUUAUUAUGAAUGUUACACACAUCCGUUUUACUACUACGAUACUAGAAUCGAGAGAAGCAACACGAUGUACUUAAAUUAUAAGAUUUCAAUACAUAAUCUGAACUUCGUUAUAUACUCCGUGCGUACCUAUAUUUGGAAUUGGACACGCUAAUUGCUAAGGUUCCACCUUUAGAUCAUUUAUCCGUCUAGAUAGACUAUGACAGCUGUGAAAACGAAAAAAUAAUAAUAGAGGUUAACAGUUAACCUCUACUUAGAGCAAUGCAUGGACACUAAGACAAAGUGACAUACAAAUCGCAAGUGUAUGACGUAGCUUGUCACGCACACUGAAUUUAUAUAUAAGUUUUUAUCAGUUGUCUAGCAGCAAGUAUCUAGACGUAUAAAUUAUCUAUGGUUCCACCCUUGUUCUGACGCGCCUGGUCUUGCGUUAGUUGUAGAUUGCACUCACGUUUCCUUUUCAGUAUUUUCUUAUAUUCAAACGCUUUUGAGAUCAAAAUUAUACACUCGGAUUGUCAUUGAGCAAGUCAAACUUUUAUUAUUAUUAUUUAUACUAUUAUUUGUACUUAUACUUGAAUCAACUGUUAGUACAAGUCUACUAUUGCCUGAUCUGCGGUUAUACACAAAUGGUUGUAGACAAUUGCACAAUAGAUUAGUAAGUAAUAGUAUUGAACAACUUUAUAUUGUUUUACGAAUGAUUUUCUCCAUUUACUACGACUGUUCAUGAUUGCACGUAGGUAAUCUAAUAAUAUAUGUUGUGAUAGAGUUGUUGGUUCAAGUAUUAGGACAUCAAGUAAGUACACGAUGAAAUCAGUGAGCAGCUUUACUAUUUUAUAGAUAAGGUUUUGUUUUUAAGAUGCCAUUUGUUGUAACUCAUGUUUUAUGAAUAAAUCUAAAUCAAAUA